AUGUCUUUCGAUAUAUUUUGGGAAAAAUUAGAUAAUGAAAUGGCAAAAAAAGUACAAGAUAUAUUAACCAAUCAUUUCCGUAAUUCGGCGAAUAAACCUUCUUUUAUUGGAGACAUAGUAAUAUCUGAUUUUCAUUUUGGUACUUUACCACCUUCAAUUGAAAUUAAUAAUAUUACAGAUCCUCGAAUGAAUUCAGCAAAUUCUACAACAAGUGGUUUGAGUAAUUCAUAUGGAAUAGGAGGGAUUGGAACUUCUUCUCCUUCAAUAAUAGAUGAUUAUCAUAAUUCAGAAUAUUUAUAUUAUCAACAAAGAUUAUUAAGAGAACAACGACAACAUCAAGAUCAUUUACCUUAUAGUCAUCAUAAUAAUAAUCUUCAUAAUCAUCAUUUACUUCACUCUACUCUCCCUCAUCAUAAUCUUGGUGAAAAUAUAAUUGAUAAUUUUGAUAAUGUUGAUUCAUUUGAGUCUAUGAUGAUAUCAGAAGAUGUUGAAGAAGCAUCAUCAAUAAAGAAACAUGAUACAGACGCACAAUUACAUAUUUCAAUAGAUUAUAAGGGAGAUAUGAGAAUGGUUAUUACUACAGAAUUAUAUAUGAAUUAUCCUAGUAUGAUGUUUAUGAGUUUACCAAUUAGAUUAACUAUAACUGGAUUUGAGUUUUCUGCUACUGCAGUAAUUGCAUAUUUAAAGCGUAGAAUUAACUUUUGUUUUUUGGAACCAAAGAAUCCAGAAGAAAGGUGA